AUGGCCAAAGAGAUUCCUCAUUUUCCAAAGCAUGAUCAAGUACUUGCUCAUUUAAACUCGUAUGCUGAUCAUUUCCAUUUAUGGUCUCACAUGCAUUUUACGUGUGACGUUAUCAAAGUUGAAAAAAGCCAAGAUGAUCAACGGAGGAUACGAUUUCGAAAUGACGGAAGAGAGAUAGUAGAACUAUUUGAUGGAGUAGUCAUAGCUGUCGGACAACACCAAACAGCCAAUGAACUUCGCCAUCUUGAACCGUUCGAUCAAUUCACAGGAACUGUGUCCCACAGCAUAUCAUACAAAGAACCAGAUGACGCUCUCUACCGUGAUAAAACAAUUCUGAUUGUUGGCGGAGGCGAAACAGCUAGUGAUUUGGCCGUUGAACUUUGUAGAGUUGCUCGUCGCAUUUACAUGAGCAUUCGAGGGGCUGAACGUUUUCAAGAACGUCACACCAGGGAUCAACCCAUAGACAUUCUUUUCACGAAGUCGUUACGUAGCAUAUCUUAG